AUGCCAAAACACAAGAAGUGGAUUGAUAAAAAACAUUCUAAAACUUUUCGCUUGAUUCAUCAAAAUCAAAGUGCUGAUAAUUAUGAUGGUGAAAAUGUGCAACAGUCAACUGGAAAGAAGGUGAAUGCGGAAGAAUACGACAGAUAUGGUAUAUAUUUCGAUGAUGACUACGACUAUUUACAGCAUUUGAAGGAGGUGAACGAGGUAACAGAAAAUGCAACAGAACGUUCUAUUAUUAGAGUACCUUCGGGAAAAACAAAUCUUUUAACAAACAUAUUCGAAGCAAAUGGCUACGAAAUCAACGCUGAAUUGCUGAAGAAUGGGACGUUACUGGACGAAAUGCAUAUCGACCCAUAUGUUAUUGCUGAGCUAACAGCUAAUGAUGGUAUCGAAUUCGAAAAUCCAACUAAUGAUCUUGAUGACGAUUUUGUCUUGCAAGCUAGUGGUGGUGAAUUACCUGCAUUACAACCGCCAGUAUCAUUUUCUUUGCGGAAGAAUAAAUUUCGUGAGAAAUUUAUUAACAGUGAUGACGAUAGUGAUGAAGAAAUGGAACUCGUUUCGAAUUAUGACGAUGAUCAAAUGUCGGAUGAAGAUGCUUUUAUUCCUAUGAAAAAUAAAGAAGAGCUGCGACCGAUUGAUGAACAAUUCGAUAAAUUAUGUGAAGAGUAUAGUGAAACAGAUGAUGAGGAAGCUAAUGAGGACAAAGAGAAGUUUCUUUUGGAUCCUAACUCUGAUGGAAUGAAAAUACUUGCUGAAGAUUUCAAAAACAAAAGAGUGGAACUUGUUCUGCAAAGGGAUGCAUUAGUUCAGCAUUAUGCCGAAAUAAAUGAUGAAGCGGUGGAGAUUGAUGAAGAAAUGGAGAGGAUCACGGUGGUUUGCCCUAAAAGAGAAAAAACCAAAUGGGAUUGCGAAACGGUUGUUUCUGCUUAUUCCAAUAUUUAUAAUCGGCCUGCUGUCAUCGAUGAUUCUUCGCGUAAACAAAAAUUUAAGUCAGUGCUAAGGCAGCUCGAAAAAAUGGACUGCUCAGUUCAGUCAACAACUAAGUCAGUGAUUUCAAAAGUAUCCUCAACAACGAUAAGAAAACGUGGAGAAACAGCGGAAGAACGAAAAACAAGGAAAGCAGCUAUUAAAAUGAUUCGAGCUGAGCGAAGAGCAGAAAAGAAAUGUAAUAAAUUAAUAUUCAAAGAAGAGCGAAAGAAAGCAGCUACAUGCUGCAGUGGCUCUAUUAUUAAAAUGAUGCCUGUUCUAUAA